GAGAAAGAGAGAGAGAGACAGAGAGCAUGAUGAGAUUUUCGUUCAUUCUCCAACACGGGGGCCCCUCUCUCUGAGGCAACAUCGGAGACGAUUCUACCAUGAGAUGACCAGUAGCGACGUUCUUCAGAAUUUAGCUCGGUGUUUGAAGAAAACUGCGAUUAAAGGAUGUCAAAUCCAGUCGACCUCAUCCUGGGGCAGUCGAAGGAUCUCGAGAAGUUGAGGGGAGAACUGGAGGAUACCUUGAACGAAAUCAAUAAGAUCCAUAAAAAGCUGCAAUCCACUCCUGAGAUUGUUGAGAAGACUGGUGAUGGUACAUUAGGGAAACUUCGAAGUCUAUAUCAACAGGCAAAAGAACUUUCAGAAAGCGAAAUGAACAUGUCAAAUACGUUGGCUAAUCAUCUGGAGGGUUUGAUACAGUCUGGGGUUCCCCAACAGACACGCAAAGCCAAAGAAGGCAACGAUCAGAAAAAGAAGCGGAUGAAAUCUGAUCUGGAUCCAAGAAUUUCUCCUGCUUCUUCUGUGCGAACGCAACUUGAGCUUGCUAAUCUAAAGGGGGAACAGGUUGCAGCUAGGGUCACACCUGAUGAUGCUGAGAAAGAUGAAUGGUUUGUUGUAAAAGUAAUUCAUUUUGAUAGAGAAACCAAAGAAUUUGAAGUACUUGAUGAGGAACCUGGUGAUGAUGAAGAGGGUGGUGGCCAAAGAAAGUAUAAGCUGCCUGUGUCACGUAUUAUUCCUUUCCCCAAGCGAAAUGAUCCUUCCAGUGCACCAGAAUUUCCAACUGGGAAGCAUGUUUUAGCAGUCUAUCCUGGAACUACUGCAUUAUAUAAAGCAACUGUAGUGAAUACACAUCGCAGAAGGAAGGCUGACGAUUAUUUACUAGAGUUUGAUGAUGAUGAAGAAGAUGGAUCCUUACCCCAGAGGACGGUACCCUUCUAUAAGGUGGUCCCACUGCCUGAGGGACAUCGCCAGUGAUAUUGGUGUAUUGUAUGUUGUUUAUUCCUUUUGUUUAUUCUCUUGGUUUUUAGUGUAAUGAAUCUUAAUCUUUUUAUGCCAUAUAUAUAAUGUGUAUGUCAAGCACGGUGCUUUAACUCUUACGGUUCUUUGUAUUAAUAUGAGCAGUUUUCUCUA